AAGGAACAGACCAAAAGCACUCUCAACUUUGAAAAUAGUUUUUUGAAUACUUCCAGCAAUUUAAAGAAACCACAAAUAAUCGGAUCAUCAAGUCUUUAAUACAUCGGUGGUCGGUUAUUCAAAAGGCCACAAACAAAUUUUGUGCAAAAUUAGCGCAAGUUGAGGGGUUGAAUUAAAGUGGCAUGACCGAGCAAGACAAGUUUGACAAGGUGAAGAUUAUGUACGCAUCGCUAGAGAAAUGCUCCUUCCAGUUCGAGCAUUGUUGGCACCUGUUACAGGACCAACCUAAAUGGAUUUGGUGUUCCACAAAUCCAGAUCCAAAGCGAAGGAAGAUGAUGUCCCCGUCCCCGACCCCGACUCGAUGUUCGGACGCUACGGUGGAUUCAAUUUUUGAUCUAGAGGCGAAUAAUGUGGUAGAUAAUAAAGUGGUCGAAUUGAACCGACCAAUGGGAAGGAAAGCUGAGAAAGGAAAACGAAAGGCCCAAGCCUUGUCAGCACAGGAGAUUGUUGGGCUCAACAAGCUGAAGUAUACGCUUUUGGAGGAGUCACGUGCUCAAGAGAAAGAGUAUUUUCAUCUCAAGGCCGAAAAGAUGAAGUAUAAAAAGGAAAAAGAGCUAAAUUUCAUCCGCCUCGAGGAUGAAAGACUGAGGUUGGAGGCCGAGAAGAUGAAAAAUGAGAAGGAAAAAGAAUUAAAUAAAAUCCGUCAAGAGGACGAAAGACUGAAGUUGGAGGCGGAGAAAGUAGAUCUCGCCAAGAAGGAAGCGGAUCAAUGCAUUAUGAUGAUGGACGUGAGUGCAACGCCAAGACUGCAACGGUUAUAUUUUGAGCAACUGCAGAGGGACAUCAUGUCGAGACGCAAUGAUACAGGACAUUUGGAUUGA